GGAAAAACUACUCUAAUCUCACUUGGGGUUCUAUGGAAAGUAGUCCAACCUCUAGCCAGAUUAUUGUUCAGAUCAAAAUUCAUACCCAAGCGUGGUCCGCUAGCCUGUCCAAACUUAAAAUUCGAACUAUUGGUGAUGUCCUUUUUGAGGAGCAGAUUAUACACAAAUAUUUUAAACUUGCAGGCACUUCCAUCAGACUUAUUCGGUGGCUUAAGCCUCAGAGCAACUUCAAAUUAAAUGCCGAUGCUAGGUAUAUAUCUGGUAAAGCUGGUGGUGGUGCGAUUCUGAGAAAUCAAGAUGGGGAAAUGUUGGCAGCUAUUUCCUUUCCGAUUACGGCAUCGACGAGCUUGGAAGCGGAGAUUAUAGCUAUAAUUAUUGCAACUCGAUGGGCGGUGGAAUCGGGCUACUGUGAUUUCCAGGUAGAGACGGACGCAACUCAAGUUGUUUCCUAUUUCGUUCAGGUUGCAGAAGGUCGGUGGAAAACCUUGUUUCAGGAAAUGAAGGAUUACAUAAAUAGGAAAGGGGUAUCUAUUGGUCAUGCUUUACGAGAAAGUAAUUGGGUAGCCCAUCAUAUGUCGGCCGCUGCUUCGGCCCAACUUCAAAUUUUUAACAGGCCUCAAGAUCUUCCUUAUCUGGCCCGUCAAGCGUAUUUUAGAGAUUUAUACGGACUUCCUUCUUUUAGAUGUUCCUAUUAAUUUUUUGUAAUUCUCUCUAUUGGGUCAGGUAUAGCCCCCCCGUGGAGGUUUGAAUUUUGCGUUGGAAUGUACCUUUUUGAGGGGUUUUGGCCUAGUCCCCCCCUUUUUUUGUACCUUUCUUUACUUUUAAUAAAAAUCGGUAAAUGUUCCCCGGCAUUUACCCCACUGAUUUUGGUGGUUUGCCU